GGAGCGGGUUUGGGUUGCCGUUUCCUUGUGCCGGGGAUCCUGUCCCCUCCUCGCCAGCGCCAGGCUCCUCCCCCUCGGCGCGGAUGACACUAGAACCUCCUUAAGUUGCGUCGCGCCACAGCUGUCUGCGAACACUGAGCUGCCUGGCGCCGUCCUGAUACUUUCAGAAAGAAUGCAUUCCCUGUAAAAAAAAAUAGUGAGAGAGGGAGAGAGAGGAAAAGAGAGAGACGGGGAGCGCGCGAGACAGAGCGAGCUGCGCGACUGAGCGAGCAGGUCGCACGCCUCCUCCUCCUCCUCUCCGCUGCUCGCUACCCAGGUGACUGUGGGCGCUGCGGAGCCCCGGUGCCGAGAGGAGCCCCACUGCAGAAUCCCAGCAUCCUCGCCCCCCACUUUUUUUCUUUUUACAAUUUGGUCCCAGUUUUUGGAUUUGUUUCCCCUUCCUCUUCUUUUUUGCCAAACUAUCCCUUAAAGAUCCCCCUCGCUCCCCAGACCGCCUUCGCUCACCUUUCCUUCCCGGUCUGCCUCGUCCCCCGCUGAAAGCCAGCCAUUAAACGCCCCUCCGGCCCUCCGACGGCCGGCGCCCGCGGACCCCCCAGGCCGACCGCCCUCCCUCCCAGCGCGCGGGUUCCGGGCCCGGCGAGAGGGCGCGAGCGCAGCCGAGGACAUGGAGGUGACUGCGGACCAGCCGCGCUGGGUGAGCCACCACCACCCCGCGGUCCUCAACGGGCAGCACCCGGACGCGCACCACCCCGGCCUCGGCCACUCCUACAUGGACCCGGCGCAGUACCCCCUGCCCGAGGAGGUGGAUGUACUUUUUAACAUCGACAGUCAAGGCAACCACGUCCCGUCCUACUACGGCAACUCGGUGCGGGCCACGGUGCAGAGGUACCCGCCGGCCCACCACGGGAGCCAGGUGUGCCGCCCGCCUCUGCUGCACGGAUCCCUGCCCUGGCUGGACGGCGGCAAAGCCCUGGGAAGCCACCACACCGCUUCGCCCUGGAACCUCAGCCCCUUCUCCAAGACGUCCAUCCACCACGGCUCCCCGGGGCCGCUCUCCGUGUACCCUCCGGCCUCGUCCUCGUCCCUGGCGGCGGGCCACUCCAGCCCGCACCUCUUCACCUUUCCGCCCACGCCGCCGAAGGAUGUCUCCCCGGACCCGUCGCUGUCCACCCCGGGCUCGGCCGGCUCGGCCCGGCAGGAUGAGAAAGAGUGCCUCAAGUACCAGGUGCCGCUGCCGGACAGCAUGAAGCUGGAGGCGUCGCACGCGCGGGGCAGCAUGGCCACCCUGGGGGGCGCCUCGUCGUCGGCCCACCACCCCAUCACCACCUACCCGCCCUACGUGCCCGAGUACAGCUCCGGACUCUUCCCGCCCAGCAGCCUGCUGGGGGGCUCCCCCACCGGGUUCGGAUGUAAGUCGCGGCCCAAGGCGAGAUCCAGCACAGAAGGCAGGGAGUGUGUGAACUGUGGGGCGACCUCAACCCCGCUGUGGCGGCGGGACGGCACCGGCCACUACCUGUGCAACGCCUGCGGACUCUACCACAAGAUGAACGGGCAGAACCGGCCGCUCAUCAAGCCCAAGCGGAGGCUGUCCGCAGCAAGGAGGGCGGGAACGUCCUGUGCGAACUGUCAGACCACCACUACCACCCUCUGGAGGAGGAACGCCAACGGGGACCCGGUCUGCAACGCCUGCGGGCUCUACUACAAGCUGCACAAUAUUAACAGACCCCUGACGAUGAAGAAGGAAGGCAUCCAGACCAGAAACCGGAAGAUGUCUAGCAAAUCCAAAAAGUGCAAGAAGGUGCACGACACGCUGGAGGACUUCCCCAAGAGCAGCUCGUUCAACCCGGCCGCCCUCUCCAGACACAUGUCCUCCCUGAGCCACAUCUCCCCCUUCAGCCACUCCAGCCACAUGCUGACCACACCCACGCCCAUGCACCCGCCGUCCGGCCUCUCCUUCGGACCUCACCACCCUUCCAGUAUGGUCACCGCCAUGGGCUAGGGCCCGCUCGAGGCGCACAGGUCUCCGAGCGAGUGAGCAAGCGAGAGGCGCUGCAGCCCUUCCACUUGCGCUUUUGCAGGAGCAGUAUCAUGAAGCCUAAGAGAGAUGGAUAUAUGUUUUUGAAGGCAGAAAGCAAAAUGAUGUUUGCCACCUUUGCAAAGGAGCUCCCUGGGGUGUCUGUGUUCCGGCCGCCGAAUCUGGAUCCCAUUUGUGAAUAAGCCAUUCAGACUCAUAUUCCCUAUUUAACAGGGUUUCUAGUGCUGUGAAAAAAAAUUGCUGAACAUUGCUUAUAACUUAUAUUGUAAGAAAUGCUGUACAUUUGAGGAAGACUUUAUUGCCCUGAGUAGCUGUAAGAAAGGCAUGAAGGACGCCAAGAAUUUUAAGGAUUAUGUGGGAGAUAAAGUGUGGAGAGUCAAAGGAAACUAGGUCUGAGGUCCAAACGGACAAACGCCAGUUUGGUUUCCUUGCACUGGCCGCAGUUGUUUGAUGCAUUAAAAGAAAAAAAUAUAUAGACAGAAAAAAAGAAAAAAAAAAGGAAAAAAGAAAAAAAAGAAAAAAAUCGUAGCAAAUCAUUCCUUCAAAGCUGUGGGCCUCUGCAGAGGAAGUAGCAGUUCCGGGCAAUCCGUGGUAAAGCUUACAAAUUGCCGCCGAGGGUUUUGAAGUGUCGCUUCUAGGCCUACACGCUUUGUGACCAAGUCUCUGUAAUUGUUGUUUGUAUGUAUAAUUCAAAGCACCAAAAUAAGAAAAGAUGUAGAUUUAUUUCAUCAUAUUAUACAGACUGAAUUAUUGUACAAAUUUAUUUACUGCUAGUGUUAAGACCUGCUUUUUUUUUUUUUUUUUGAUUUUAAUGUUUUCCUUCUCUCUCAAUUUUUGGUUGAAUAAACUAGAUUACAUUCAGUUGACCUAAGGUGGCUGUGCUCUGGAGGGUUUAUUUUUCCCUUUUGCUCUUGGAUGAUAUUUAUUAAACAGCUUUUAAGGGUCCGGCAGUGUCUGCCCGCUCACUCACUCCUCCCGCAGCCUGAGCUAUAACGGUAGCAGCGUCUGAGCUACUGAUGUGUGCGUCUGUGACGGGCUGUGCCCGGAGCAGCCGGGCUCCCUGUCAUUCUCUGCCGUGUUCCGUGUUAGCGGUCACUGCCUUUACACAGUCUGUUGGAAUAAUACUAUAAUAAUAAUAAAGCUAAACUAUUUUAAAGCAACACAAUAACAUCGUAUCAAAGUGAGGGCCGAGCUCUAACAGAAUCUGGUGGCUCUAGCUCAUUUAAGAGAGAGGAGUUUGUCUCAAACGAAAGCAGCAAUAGAACCUAACAGUCACGGGAAGUUACGCCCUAGGAGCCAGCGCUCUCCCCGGACAGGCAGCAUCCAUUCCUUUGAGGGGAGAAACCGGGAAUUUAACCUAGGGCUGGAGCGACUUCUGGGGCCCCCUCUCGAGCUACAGUUUCUCUGCUGGCUCCCCUCUCCUCUCUAAGAAGGAGGAAGAGCUCCUGGCUGAGCGAUGCACGUGCAGAAACUGCAGCCGGCCGGGUGGCUCUUCGGAUUGGGAAGCAGCCGGGCUGCCCUCCAUUUUUGCUUUGCAUUUCCGCUGUUGAAUACACCACAGUGAAAGGUUUAUUGGAAUGUUUUCGCAACAUGAAAUAACCCUUUUGUAACUUAUGCUGUAUAGUUUCCUUUUACUCUGUUGACAGAAUGUGUAACUAUGGCACACAGUUGAAAACCUCUGUUAAUCGCCUCUCUGCUUUCUUAGCAAAUACUUUAAACCUAAAGCUAAAUGUUGAAAUAAAGGAGUAGAGAACUACUGAGAUGCAAA